GAUGCCAACUGCGCAUGCGCGGCACGCCGGGGCAGCGAGCGUUUUUACGGAGAGAGUCGCUCACCCGCUCAUUUCGUCUCCUCAGCGAAGUGCGCCCAGCGGACGAGCGGACGAGCGUUUUCAAGAUGGCAGCCCCCAACACAAGCGGCGGCGGCAUGUCUUCGGCGGCACCUCCAAGCGCGGCGCAGGUUCGGCUGCAGGCGAAAAGGCCCCGGCGCUGUUUCACUACCGAAGAAGACCUAGCCAUUUUAAGAGAAGUGGCAGCGAGCAAGCCAUUUAACGACGACUUGCAGUGGAUUCAUGUGAUCGAAAACUUGAAAGGUGUGCUUGGCCGGGAGCUCACGCUAAGAAGCCUGAAGGACCGUGUCGAUCUUUUAAUCGGUUACUGGAGGCAAGAAGAUACAAAAAACUUAAGAAAGUCGGGAACGGAGGAACAAUAUGCAGAGAAGGAGCAAAUAUUACAGGACCUCUCUGAUUAUAUAAGGUCGAUAAAUUACGUGCCCAGAGUAGCACCUAGAAGUUCAAACAGCUGUGGCCGCAAAAGAAGUCACGCUGCUGCGUCCUGUCUGGCGACGCCGCCAGAACAAGUUCGUGCAGAUGAAGAUCAAGGACAACAAGCUACACAACUCCUGCUCUCAAUGACCGCGCCGUGCAGUCCCGCUGCUGUUGAACUCACUGGAGAGCAGUGCCACGAGGAGGAGGAAGAACAGCAACAACAGCAGCAGCAACAACAACAGCAGCAGCAACAACAGCAGCAGCAGCAACAAGAGCAGCUGCAGCUGCAGCGGCAGCCACAACCGCCGCCUGCAGCUAGGCAACGAGUUCCUGUGACGGCGAGUAGAGGUAAAUCUUGA